AUGGAUUUAUUAGCAUCUCAACUUGAAUUAAAUUCUUCGAGAAAUCUAUUUUUAUGUUUUUCACAAUAUUCUGCUUGUCUUACAGCUGGUUGUUUACCUACAAAUAGUAAAUGGCGUGAAAAUCUUCUUAAUUUAUAUGCUCGUAUUAGUUUAUGUCGUACUAUUAAUCGAUCAUUAGAUUAUUUCGCUUGUCUUUCGAGAAUUCGUAAAUAUGGUCUUGGGCAAAAUGAUUUAGCUUCUCCUCAUCUUACACGUUUAUUAACAUUGACUAAUAGUUUAUGUGAUCUUAUUUAUUAUCCUGCUGAAUGUAUCGCAUGGCUAUGCGAAGCGAAUGUAUUUGGAGCAAAUCGAUCAUCAAGACCUUUUCGAUUACUUUCAUUAACUUGUUGGUUAUCUAAUAUAAUUGUUUCAAUUAUCGGAAAUACACUUAAAUUGAUUAAAUAUAAAAAAUUAUUAAGAGCAAAACGAAAUAAACAUGAACAUACUACAGAUAAAUCAAGUUUAAUGACACCUUUAUCUGAAAUGUAUAAAUGUAUGUUAACACUUGUUAAUAAUUUUUGUUUUCUUCUUAAUUGCAUCCAUUGGCUCGCAAUACCAGGAUUUUUAUGGUCUGGUAAAUUACCGGUAUUUAUGGUUGGUUUAUGUGGUACUUUGGCAACAUUAUGCAAUAUUAUCAAGAUGCUAAUAUAA